GACAGGAUCUCUCCGCCUCCCCCUAAACCCCGCUUCUGCUUUCCUCUGAGGCUCUGCCCCAGUCCGCCCACUCCCUACUCGCCCUCGCCGCCUUCGUCUUCCUCUCCUCACCUCGUCCCCUGCCGGCGGCAGGCGCUGCUCGUCUACUCCGAUGGCGACUGUGCCAGUUAACCCAAAACCUUUCUUAAACAACUUGACAGGGAAGCCUGUAAUUGUCAAGCUUAAGCGGGGUAUGGAGUACAAAGGAUAUCUUGUUUCUGUGGACUCCUACAUGAAUCUUCAGCUUGCUAAUACAGAGGAGUACAUUGACGGACAAUUUUCUGGAAACCUGGGAGAGAUUCUGAUCAGGUGCAACAAUGUUAUGUAUCUCCGGGGCGUUCCAGAGGACACAGAGAUAGAGGAUGCAGAGUGAGAAGACAUGAACCAUGAUAGAUUGAUUGAUGUACUAUGCUUAUGACAAUAUCAUACUAGUCAAGCUUAUUUCAGAAUCCAGAUGCACUCUAGUGACGCACUAUCUCUGAUCAUGCAUGCUCCCGUUCUGUCUAUAUGUUCGGGUGUGCCGGUGACCACCAAUUCUUCUGGAUCCUAGCUUUAAUCUGAUGGGUGACGAGGUUGCUGUUUAAACCGCUUUCACUAAGACUAUUUACUGUAAUUCUGCUGAGUAUGAGAAGAUCAGAUUUCUUUAGGUA